GCGCGGCUUUGGCGAGGUGCCCACUCUUGAAGGCAGAGGCCCGGGUGGUGUGAUGUUAGGGGUGUAACCCAGGCCACGAGUUCCGAGAGAAAGGAGCCCGCCCCCGCCCCCCACCCCCCCGCAGGACAGAAACCUGGGCUUCCCCCUUGAAGAGCAGACUGUCGGGAGCUGUUGGGGGGGGGGGGUAGAAUUUCGACCUGGCUUCCGCGAGUGCAGGAGGAGCCAAGAGGAGGGGACCGGCUGUGCUGGUCACGGGAGCCUGGGGCGCGCAACUGGCAUUAAUGGCGGCGAGGGGCCGAGAGGGGCCGUGGAGGCGAGUUUUGGGGGGCGGCUUGGAGAGCUGGGCAGACUGGCUGGCCAGCGCGGCUGCCCGGGGCCGCGCCCAGGAGGUGCAGGCGCUGCUGGAGGCCGGGGCACCGCCCAACGCACUCAACAGCUUUGGCCGGAGCCCCAUUCAGGUCAUGAUGAUGGGCAGCGCCCGCACCGCGGAGCUGCUGCUGCUCCACGGAGCCGAGCCCAACUGCGCGGACCCGGCCACCCUCACCCGACCCGUGCACGACGCAGCCCGGGAGGGCUUCCUGGACACCGUGAUGGCGCUGCACCGAGCCGGGGCCAGGCUGGAUGUGCGCGAUGCCUGGGGCCGCCUGCCCGUGGACCUGGCUGAGGAGCUGGGCCACUGGGAAGUCGCGGGGUACCUGCGCGCCGCCAUGGGGGGCACUCCCAGUGCGAACCACACGGCUGGUCCUGCAGAUAACCCGACCUAAAGAAAUGCUGAGCAGCCUGAGAGGUAGCACCAUGAAUAAAGCAUUGCUUUCUCAAGUCUGAGGUCUGGAGAUCUAUCCCUGGCAUUACAUAUGCCAAAGUGAUGAUCCAGUUCCCUCUCUUAAUAAAGAAAUUUAAAAAUUAAAGAA